AUGACCGUUGAAGAGUAUGACAAAUUUUUGAUAGAGAAGAAAAAUGGUAGAUUCAAGCGGACUGGAACAUGGGGUGGAAUGUGUAAAAAUGUAGCACAUGAAUGUUGUGACCCUGAAUGUGUACGUAAGUGGAAGCCUUCGCCUGUACAAUGCUUGGCAGACAAUUAUUACUGCCCUUCCUGUGUACUUCAUCAUCGGAAUAAUGAGACUCGAUUCUUGGAAGAAAGACUAAAAUGGACAGCGAAUGUUCCAAAUACAUUCUAUGUAUUUUCUCUUAUUGAUCCAGGCACGGAAGCAAAUGGUAAAACUGAAAGAUCUCUGAUUAAAUUUGGUCGCACUCAGCAUGAGAAUGCUUUGAAAAGAUAUCCUACAAUAGAACUGAAACAAUACCAAAUGAAACUCUUGUUGACAUUACGCGGAAAAUUAAUUACAACGACUAGAAUUGAAAAUUGGUGGAAGGAGCAAGCAGAAGAAAAAAAUUGGUUCGUAAGAUUUAGUAACAAGGAGUUUCAUGGACAAACCGAAUGUAUUGAAGUUAGUGAUAACGAUCUGGCACAAUUGAUUGCUAAAUCAAAAGAAAUUGCAGCUGCUGAUGAAGAAAUGCAGAAAUAA